AUUUGGCAGAAAUUAUUACUCGGUACUAAAUAAGAACAGAAAAACAUUUGGGGAAGUCGGUGGCGCACGUCUUCAACGGCAUAAAAAGAAGCAAAUAUACAAGCCGACCGGCCGGAAAGGUGCGAUGGAGAAGUCGCCAAAGACACCCAGCGGCGGCGGGACACCCGACGCCUCCACCAACAACGCAUCCUUAAUGGACAGUCUUUUAGGCCUUCUCAGAGUCCGUGUAAAGAGAGGCAUUAACCUCGCCGUUCGCGACGUUCGUAGCAGCGAUCCUUACGUUCUACUCAAGAUGGGAAGACAGGUCAUCUUCAUCACCUUCUUCACUCUUAUUAUCGUUUUUAUUUUUUGUGGAAAAUAUCAAUUUUUUGCUUGGUUUUUCUUUAAUUGAAAUUAUGAUAUUUUUUUUUUUAAAUUGGGUGUGGAUUAAUGGUAUUUGUUAUUACGGACUAUCGUUUUCUCUUUUAUGCUGAUGCAGAAGCUGAAGACCCGUGUUAUAAAAAUGGAUACUAAUCCGGAAUGGAAUGAAGAUCUGACCUUUUCUGUUUCUGAUCCCGAUGUUAAAAUUAAGCUGACUGUGUAUGAUCAUGACACAUUCACCAAGGAUGACAAAAUGGGAGAGGCAGAAUUCAACAUUAAUGCAUUCAUAGAUGCACUGAGAAUGAACCUAUCGGGCCUCCCAAGUAACACGGUGGUUUCGAGGCUGAAGCCAAAUAGAGCAAACUGUUUUGCCGAGGAGUCUCGUGUCGUGUGGAAAGAUGAAAAGGUAGUACAAGAUAUGUGUCUGAGACUCAGGAACGUGGAAUGCGGAGAGGUGGAACUCCAACUCCAAUGGAUAGACCUUCCCGGUUGCAAGGGAUUGUAGAACAUACCACUUUACAGAGUGAUCUUGUAGGAUACGUACGGUAUGCCAAAUGUAUAUGUAAAUAUCAAAUAUUGUAAGGCUUUAUUUCCAAAUACAUGGUUUUUUUGUGCAAAAAAAAUAAAUGUUUAAAUGUUCAGUUUUCUUUUAAAUCAUCAGUCGUAUUUAAGUAAUUUUAUGAUAAUUUUAUAAAGUAAUAAAAGUUUAAUUACUUGUUAUUUA